AUGACUGUAUCUUGCCAUGGUUAUGCCGACCUCCUGUCCCGCGGUGGACCAAACUGCCGCACUUUUCAAGGGGUCGCGCGGCAUCUUGGCUUGGUGCAAGACGAGCAGGAGUACCACUACGCACUGCGAGAGGCCGCCACUUUUAUGACCGGCCCGAGACUUCGUUCUUUCUUUGUGAUCCUCUGCAACAUGGGGGCUCCUGCAGCUCUCCUGUGGGAUGCUUUCCGUGAUUCCAUCUGCGAGGACCACAUAGAGCGUAAUCCUCUCGAUGUUGAACUGGCCUACAAGCUAGGUCUCAUCGAUAUUGAUCGGAGUCUUCGUCGGCAAGGUUCUUGCGUCGCAGAUCACGGCCUCCCCGAUGUACACGAUGACACGACGGAGUUGGGCAGAGAACUGCUCUUACACGGUGAAAAUCAACAGAGAGUGUUUGUUGAGGAGUGGGUGCCAAAGCUCUCUGAAGAUCAAAACCGCGUAUUUGAGUACGUUACCUCCGUUCUCAAUGCCCCUGCCAGCGGAACGUCGUCGAAAAUCAUUUUUCUUGACGGUCCGGGAGGCUAUGGGAAGACCACUCUGAUUCGUGUCAUUCUCGCAUACGUGAGAGGUUGUCGUCAGGUUGCACUCGCAGUCGCUAGCUCUGGGAUCGCCGCGGGUAACAUGCCUGGUGGAACUACAGCUCACAGCAUGUUCCGGUUGCCACUCGACUUCGGUGACGGCACCGGCUUUUGGAACAUCACCAACGGCUCCCAGCGAGCAGAGCGCAUCAGGGCCGCAAGGCUCAUUGUCUUUGAUGAUGCCCCGAUGGCACAUCGGUUCGUUUUCGAGGUUCUUGACAGAUCCCUGCGAGACCUCAUGCGUUCCAGUGAGCUAUUCGGUGGUAAAAUAUUCCUCUGUUGUGGCGACUUUCGCCAGAUCGCGCCUGUCGUUGUAAACGCUCGUACUCCAACUGACAUUGUUUGUGUCUCACUUCGGGCUUCCCAUCUGUGGCAGCAUUUUAAAAUUUUUGCCCUGACAACAGCUCAUCGGACUAGUAGUUCCACAGCCUAUUCCGAAUUCCUUCUUAGGGUAGGCAACGGAACUGUCAGUUCGACCACUUUCUUGGAGGGACGGAACGAACAAAGUCUAAUUCCGCUGCUCGGGAUUAGACAAGUGACGUCUUUGACUGAUUUGGUCGAUUCCGUCUUUCCCGCAAACGUCCUACUCGACUCUGAUAUGUGUUCGCGACGCGCAAUCCUCUCGAAUCUGAUAGUGAACGUCAAGGAGAUCAACGACCACAUCUUGAACUCCCUUGACGGUCAUCUGUACGAGCUGAGGAGCGCCGACACAGUUGACAGAGAGAACGACGAUGGCCUGGAUCUCGACGUUCAACUCCUGAACACGGCUACUGGCAAGGGCGUACCAGACCAUGUUCUGCGGCUGAAGAUCGGCUCUGUUUGCCUCAUUAUGAGGAACCUCAACAUCGCUGAAGGACUCGUCAACGGCACUAAAGUCAUCGUAAUCGGCAUCACCAACCGCCUGAUUACAGUGAGACUUCCCGGACAGACGCAACCUAUCGGAAUUCCCCGGAUUACCUUUACUUUUGCGUUUGUCGAGGGUUCGCCGUUACGUGUUCGUCGACGUCAGUUCCCCUUGACGGUCAUCUGUACGAGCUGA